UAUUAAAUAAAAGUAUAUUUAAAUUAUUCAACAAAAACUUACCUUGGAACCUCAAUUAUUAGGUGCCAAACAGAUAAGAGUGUGUUGAUUUGCCAAGCAGGCAUAAUAGUGACAGCAAAAACUUGUACUUAAAUAUUUUAUUGUUUAAGUGAGUGCAACACUUGUAUGACAGGGACAGGUGGUCCUAAAACUACGGAUUCAUUGAACUUGAUUCCAAAUCUUUAUGCACAGCAAAACCACUGGCUACCCCAAAACCAGUUGCUAGCUAACCAAUACUUUAUGCCUAUGGUUUUUCUAAAUCUUUGGCUGUUUCCUUAGUUUAGCAGUUUGUCAGACAUCACAUUCAAGUGCUUCUUCUCAAUAUAAAACCACCUUCAUUUCAAUUGAUCUCUCAAUCUAAAAUCCUGCAAUAUAUUUCUUCCAUUCGUUUAAAUCACACUGCAGUAUCAAGUCCCAAUUGGGUUACUUUUUUAUCCUUCAAAAAUCAAAGCAAGAGUUUCUUUGAAGAAGCCUCAUACAAGAUGUGUUCAGCAGGCAGAACUUGGGCUGUGGCAGCCAGUGUUGGAGUUGUGGAGGCCUUGAAGGACCAGGGUCUUUGCAGGUGGAAUAAUGCCUUAAGAUCAGUUCAACAUCAAGUAAAAAACAACGUGAGAUCCUUGUCUCAGGCAAAGAAUCUUUCUUCCUCUUCUUCUGCUAUGGUUUCUGGUAGAUUGAAGGAAGAAGGGAGAAAACAGUCAGAGGAAUCAUUGAGGACAGUCAUGUACUUAAGUUGUUGGGGUCCCAACUAGAGUCACAAGGCAAUUACAAAACUUUGUGUCUAAUUUGAUUGAACCUUUGCCCCCAAGGGAAGGUGGGGCAGAGAUUUCAUGGUCAUGUCCGAGAAUUGCAAUUCUAUUGUGACAGAUUUGGAUGUAAAUUUUGAUGAAUGAAAACUAUCUGAUUGUGUUAAACCAUUUCAAAAUU